GGAACAGCGAACUAUAUUGAGUGGCAUAUGGGCUGCUGCAAGAAAUGAGGUCCUGCGAGUCGUGUCUUCACCUUGGCAGGGAACAUAUCACUCUCUUCUCCCGCUUCGUGGGAACGGCUUCAAGAACCCGGGCUUAACCCCUGUUGCCGGGGACCCAAGGACAUAUACCCGGGACCACAUAUACCCCUCAGAAGCAGGCUACUGGAGCCGCUCCGUAGUCCCCGUUGACUAAAGGCGUCGCAAGCUUUGGUGUAGUCCCCGGCAGUAGUGGGAAAAAAUGUCUCAGGGGAGAUACAGGGACUAAAGGAAGUUUGGUAAGAACUUAAAAGCUAGAGCAACGAGGGCAAGAGCGACAAUACUCCAGUCGGUAAGGGUUUCCAAAAGUAGCAGCAGCAAUGUUAAAAAUCCCGACUCGGCAGUCAUGGUGAAAGCAGCGUAGCAUUGCAUCCCUUGGCCCUGUUCGUCCAGGGUUCAAUGCCAUUGGGAAAAUAACAGGUCAGAUAUGCCUGCGUGUCAAGGUGUUCACGCUUAAACUUAAUUCUCCACAAAAUCAAAAUCUCGUUGAGUGCCUCGAAGAAACGGAGAAGCACUCGUAUUCUAUUCUUCUCCAUAUCAAUACCUCUUCCCUUCUUCCCUUCCUUUUUGCGCCUCUUCUUAUUUGCUUCAUUCACCAUCGUUUACCCGCAGCACCCGAUUUUGUGUUGCAAUUAUGGUUCAGCCGGCAGGGGACGGCGUCCCUCUUCUGUAUACUUCGAUAGUCCUGCUAGCUGUGACUUGGCUCACAUUCACCACACGGAUAUCAGUGCGAAUAUGGAGGAAAAACUCUGGCUGGGAUGACUUGUUGAUGUUCAUAGGCCUCCUUCUCUUCACAGUAACAGCCUGCCUAUGUAUUGUCUGUUCCUUCCUCGGGUCCGGCCAGCUCGCUGCUGGUGUCCCUCCCAAUGAAACCAUGAAGGGAAUUAAGCUCUUCUUCAUCGCCGAGUUCUUCUACGCUUCCGGCGCCGCCAUCAUCAAGUGCAGCAUCGCCAUUACACUACUCAGAAUUGCCGACACUCGCCGGAGCUUCGUGUGGACGAUCUGGGCUAUCAUGGCCGCUACUGCCAUCUCUGCUAUUGUCUUCAUUGCCGGUAUCGCUAAUAUCUGCCACCCGAUCACCACGCUAUGGGGUGAAACUACAACAGGUUCCUGUAACCUGAAGCUAAACAGCGACGUCAGCUUCUUCUUCUCUGCUAUAGAGAUUGUGACGGACUUUAGUUUGGCAAUUUUGCCCGCGAUCUUGCUAUGGAACAUCCAGAUGAAGGCUAGGGUCAAGUUUUCCGUGGGUAUUAUUCUCGGUUUGGGUGCUUUUGCAAGCUGUGCCACCAUCGUCCGCCUCAGAUACCUAACCCUCUACGACAACCCCGCUGAAUUCAUGUUCGGCACCGGCAAAAUCGGCCUCUGGUCCAUCAUCGAGGAGGGUAUCGGAAUUACCGCCGGCUCCCUUCACGCCCUGCGCCCGCUUCUAUCUCUCCGCAUCUUCGGCGGUGGAAGCUCAGUCGACAACACCGGUGCCUCCGCAUCAGCAAGCAACAAGUUCAAGCAAUCGAACGGGCACCAGGCCCAACGCAACGAGAUCAAUCUCGAUACGUUCCAACAGCUCGGCGACACAGAUGCUGAUAGCUCGAGGCAUAUCCUGAAGGAGACGGAGGUGUCGAUGACAAGGAGCGAAGGGACAGAGAAGGGGCCAGGAAAGGGGAAAUGGGACAGGACGCAGGUGGUUGGGUGGAAAUAGGGAUGAGUUGUUCCUAUUCUGACUGAUAUUUUUACUUUAUGUUCGGAUAGCGAGAUGUAAGUGGCAUGACAAGCGCACGGGAUUGAUGGAUAUGGAUGUAUGCGCAGGGCGGGCAUCCGGGGAAGAAUCGCCGGAUAUGGCGAUAGUUUGUAUGAUAUGUAACGCCAUAUAGACGAUAGGUCAGGCAACUGUGGCUGGCCGCAGUGUUUGGCUAUGGCAUUCUUUCAAGAAGGCAUGGUGAUAAGAGUCACGAAGAUAAUACCCAUAUAUUCGCAUUUGAAGCAAAAUUAAUAGAG